UCUCGUGCCGGCCGCAGUCGACAUUCCGAUCCGGUUCGCGGUCUACUGAUACGACGACAUCUCAUUCUUCGGUCGGUGCCCGUCACCGCCACUCGCUAAUUUUUUUUUAUUAUCAUCUCGUGUACUUGUACUUGUCACACGACUCGAAUAGAUAAACUGUAGUAUAGUGGUCACCGCGAACAUCACAUAUCAGACGCGUCUAUUCGAUUCGGAAUUGUUUUUUUUUUUUUUUAUACAAGUUUAUGUAAUUUUUGACAUAACUCGGUUGGCGCCAUUUCGUGUCCGCACAUCCAUCGCCAAAAAAAAAAAAACCCGACUAUAAAACACCUAUACACAAACGUAUAGCAAUACAUAAACCAGCCCGCGCCAGUACAUUACACAUUAGGUCGCGUGCGCGUGUGCUCGAGUGUGCAUGCCCAACCGUCCGGAACAUGAGUCGAGGCAGUAGUGAUGACGGCGGCGGUGAUACGGACGCGGGUCGGAGUGACGACGAGCGGUCUAUGUCGGACAGUUCGACGUCGUCAGUGGCGGACAGUAGCAGUGGCGGAAACAACAACAAUAACAGUAGCGGCGGCAAAAAGGAUAUAGAGAUGAGUGGCGGCGACAACGGUUUUAGUUUUUUCGAAAUGCCGGCGGACGCGGCGGCUUUGCCGUACAACCUCGAAGUGCGCAACGCCGGGUCCGGUGGCGUCUGGACCAAAACGCAGUUGCUCAAAGGCGUCAAAUACGGACCGUUCCUGGGCAAAUGGGCGCCUAAGCCGAUGGACUCGAGAUUCGCCUGGGAGGUUCGCGUUGCCGGGUUUUCUGGUUUUUUAGACGGCACGAUUGAAGUUUGUAAUUGGUUGAAAUUCAUUCGAUCCACCAACGACAGCAACAGGCAAAACGUCAGGGCUUUCUUGUUGGCCGGUCAAAUAUUUUACGAACUGACACAAACCGUUAGAGCUUCGGACGAACUCUUGUUGGGCAAGAGGGAACCCCUCAACUUAGACGCAGCUUUCGGAGAACUGAUGGCCACAUCGGAAGAUCGCAGCGAGAGAGAUUCAGUUGUCGCCUCUCAGAACUCAUUGGGCUCCAUUGACGGCGACGGAGACGUCGACGGCGACGCAGAGGAACCCGACGAAGACGAUCAGAACCGAUGCAUCUUGUGCGAAAAGUGCUUUCCCGACAUUGAACAACUCGACGAUCAUUUAGUUUCCGGACAUCAUUACAAAUCCCACCAGUAUGGUUGCGAGCUGUGUCCACAGUCGUACAGUUGGAAACCCUGUUUGAUUAGACACUUGGCGCUUGCUCACAGUAGAAAAUUCACUUGCGAGACUUGUUCUAAAGUGUUCAGCGACCCGAGCAACUUGCAGAGACACAUAAGAACCAACCACGCGGGCGCAAGAUCGCACGCCUGUUCGGAAUGCGGCAAAACGUUCGCAACGUCUAGCGGACUCAAACAACAUACUCACAUCCAUUCGAGCGUAAAACCAUUCCAGUGCGAAGUGUGUUUUAAGGCGUACACUCAGUUUUCUAAUCUCUGCCGUCACAAGAGGAUGCACGCCGAUUGCCGUAUGCAAGUGAAAUGCGACCGCUGCGAUCAGUCUUUCAGCACGGGAACGUCUCUUUCUAAACACAAAAGGUUCUGUGAAUCCAAUUCAUUGCCCACGUCCAGCAGCACCCCUGCGCCAAACAUGUCGCAACAAGGCACGUCGCCGUUCUCGGUCUAUCCGAGAUUUCCACUGUAUCCGCCACAUCCGCUGGUCCAUCCGUUUUAUUUCCCGUCGGCAAACGGAUCGCUGCCGCCGCCGUUAUUCCCCACGCCGUUCGGUCCGUUCGGUCAGUUCGCGCCCAAAAUAAAUAUGGACCUGUUAUCCUUACCGAGCGGAUUAGAAAUAAACCGGUUUAAACGGUCCGGCGACUCCGAAAAUAUCGAGACGCCCGUCAAAAAGAUAUCGAAUGCAAAUCAAAAAACUCCACCGUCCAACAGCCUAAUGAUGGGGUCCAGUAAGAAAUCACCGUUGGUCGGCGAAGAGGCGUCGUCUAAUCAAAGACCGUCGCCGGCCAGGCCGAACGUCACGUACUCCGACCCGAAAGUCAUCAAGCGCGAGGCGUCGGCGGACGAAGACGGUCCUUGCGAUUUGACCGUGAACACCGACAUAAGUGUCGUCCGAGAAACUAGGCGUACCGAGUCGCCGAAAGAGAAGGCGUACCACGACCAGCCGUUGGACCUUUCAGUCACCAAGGAAGACAGAUCUCCGAAAAGUGCCGAGUUACGGUUGGCCGACCCUAAGGAAGACGAGGAAAGCGAACGCAAGUGGUCGCCCCCCGCGACGCCUUCGUCGUACUCGGUGUCCAGUCUUGUGGCGCACCCGAAACCUUUGUACCUGGACUCGAUGUACCCGUCGUCGUUGCCGAACUUCACGGCCGAGAGUCAGCUCAUGCAGACUCCGCCGUCGUUCGGUCAGGCCAGACCGUUUCCUUUCAUGAUGACCAGCCCGUCGCCGGCCAUCGAGCAUUUCCUCCGGCAGCCCAUACCCAACUACCCGAAGACCUACCAAGACAUCAUUCAGCACGGUCAACAGAACGCGGCCAAGUCCAAGGACAGAUACGCGUGCAAGUAUUGCGGCAAGGUGUUUCCAAGAUCCGCCAACCUCACCAGGCACGUCCGGACGCACACGGGCGAACAGCCGUACAGGUGCGCGCACUGCGAACGGUCGUUCAGCAUAUCCUCGAACCUGCAGCGGCACGUGCGCAACAUCCACCGGCAAGAGCGGAAUUUCAAGUGCAACCUUUGCAACAGAAGGUUCUCGCAACAGACCAAUUUGGACAGACACGUGAAAAAGCACGAGUCCGACGACGGCACUGUGAUCGGCACGGUGACCAGCAGUUCGGCGAGCAGCGUGGACGACAAAGAAGACCCGCGGCUGUUCGAGAUUAGAAGUUUUAUGAAAAAAGUCUCGGACGGUUCGGCCGAGAUGCAGAACAACAACAUCGACCCGUGCUUACCCGACGACGGUGUUAUGUACGCGUCGCCAUUAUGACCCGUGCCCCCACCCUUAUACUUAAAUUGGGCUCAUUGAUUUUGAAUACAAUUUUCAAUUCAAAUUCGGUUAUUCCUAAACAUAACCCACAUAAUAUUAUUAUUAUUAUUAUUAUUACUCACGUUGCUGUAUAAUUACAUAUUAGUUAACGAUAUUCACACAUUCUUUAUUAGAUUAUUAUUUUAAAUAAUAUAUUUGUUUUAUACAUAAUAUAUAUAUACUAUAUAAUUAAAUCGCUAUAAAUCACCAAAGGCCGACUAUACAUACCUAUACUAUAAUAAAACAUGAUGCUCGCACCAAAGUAGAUACAAAACUUAAACGAUUUUUUUAUUUAAUAUAUAUAUGAAUUUUUAACUAUGUUGUAUUUUAUGUUAGUCUGUAAUUAUAUAAUAUCUAACUCAAUUAUAAUGUUGUGAUAAAAUGUCCUAGUUUUUUUUUUAACUUUAUUAGGCGGCUAAUACCAUUGUACAUUUGUUUUGUUAUAAUUAUUAUUUUUAUUAUUAAACUUAAGACCAAAAAUAUCACGUUAAUUAUUAGUCAUCACGAGGAUAGAGUCUAGUUAUAUUAUACUACUAUAAAACAUUUUUUUCAAAGCAAAAUUAGCAUAUAAUGUACCUAUAUUUAAUUGUAAUUACUAAUUAGGUAUUAUGUCAAAUGUAUACAUUUUAACUAAGCUUACCAAAAGUAUCUUAACGUUUUAAGUUAAACGAACCCAAAAACAAUGUUAAU